CUUUAUUUAUUUUAUCUCUUAAUUCCUGUUCUUGUUGUAUAAUCACAUCUGGCAUAGCAAUAAUAUUGUUAAUUACAUUCAAGAAAAACAAACACAUUCACAAACAUGGGUUAUUGUACUGUUGAUAUUUCACUGUUCCCUCUAAACAUUGCUUUGGACUUUUGUGAAGGUCAAGAUACUGAAUUAUAGAUUUUUUUUUUUUAUUUGCUUUUUUUCCUUCACAGCCCAUACCAUGGCUCUUCCAGCAGAUGGAUCCCCAGCGUUGGAGGGACUUCCAGACAAUGGUAAGGAACACAGUAAGUUGUGUUUACAUGAAGCCGACACGGUUUCUGAAGACCAUGGAGAGGAGUUGAGGUAUAGUUUACCUUCGCAGUCUGUGGACUGUUCUACCAGCUCCAGUGGUAGCUCUACCAGCUCCAGUGGUAGCUCUACCAGCUACAGUGGUAGUUCUACCAGCUGCAGUGGUAGCUCUACCAGCUCCAGUGGUAGCUCUACCAGCUCCAGUGGUAGCUCUACCAGCUCCAGUGGUAGUUCUACCAGCUGCAGUGGUAGCUCUACCAGCUCCAGUGGUAGCUCUGCUACCCGCUCUAUUGAAGACGAGUUGGGUAAUGCCUGUACUACCAGCUCCAAUGAAGGUAAGGUAGGUAAUGCCUGUACUACCAGCUCCAAUGAAGGUACUACCAGAUCCAAUAAAGAUGAGGUUCAUAAUGAAGACCAGAAUGACUUCAAAUCCCGCCUUCGGGUUGUCCAGGUCCUUCGACCAAACAUUAAAUUCCUGUGGGGCAUCGGAGUGCUUGAACAGUCAUUGAAACAUCUGAACUGGACGGUUGAUAAGCUUAGCUCCGCUGACACCAGUCUGACAGGGGACCGUGCCGAUGCUAUGUCACAGCUGCUUAAGAUUCUUCCCCCACAUUUCAAAUACAUAAAAGUCAUUGGGGUGUCUCGGAAGCCUCAAGAAGACACGGCUUCCUGUACUAAACUUGACAAACAGGAAGAGCCCAUUUUGCGUCCAAAGAAGUCUAGACCUAUCGGUACCUUGAAACAUCAUCAGGUAGAUUUGGAAGAGGACACGGGUUCUUUGACUUCUGACCGAGACAGGAGAACAAGGAAGAAGAUGGAUGCUGCGAAGAAGGUCGACCCACCAUCAAAGCUUCGUUUUGGUACCGUGCUUCCUUCCAGGUUUCUGUUUACAUCUGGACUUGACAAACAGGAAGAGCCAAUUUUGCGUUCAGAGGACUCCAGACCUAUCGGUACCCUGCAACAUCAUCAGGUAGGUUUGAAAGAGCACGCGGGUUCUUUGACUUCUGGCCGAGACAGGAGAGCAAGGAAGAAGAUGGAUGCUGCGAAGGAGGACGACCCACCACAUAAGCUCAGUUUUGGUGCCGUGCUUCCUUCCAGCUUUAAAUUCACAUGUGAACUUGACAAAAAGCAAGAGCCCAAUAUGCGUCCUAUCAGUAUCUCGCCACAGCCUCUGGCAGGUUGGAAAACUUUAGUGGCUUCUGUGGCUUUUGACCGCACCAGGAGAACUACAAAGAAGGUGAAUGCUGCAAAGGAGGAUGAGCCAUCAUCAAAGCCUAGUCAUCAGAUAGGUUUGAAAGAGGACGCGGCUCAUGAGACAUCUGUGACUGCCAUAAACAGAAAGAGGACAAAGGACAGUGAUGCUGAGGAGCAGCCCCCAGCCAAGAGGACUAGGGACACUGUUGACAUCUGUCGCCCAUCAACGGCGUCAUGUGAGGAUCCUGGACAGUCAUCCCCUCUCCUCGUUCCCUUGCCUACAUUGGAGCGUAAUCUUCCUGUUUUUUCAGACCCUGACCCCAGUCCCUCUUGUGAAAUGCCUGCUAAAGAGGACCCCCCUGCCAAGAGGAUUAAGAUCUCUCUUCCUCCAAGGGGUGACCUUUUCGCCAAGUUCCGCCCUGGUGCAGAGGACCCCGCCGAGAGGCCCAAGGACAGUAUUACUGAAGAGGAGGUUGACACCAAGAGGACCAACCAUAGCGAUGAGGUCUUUAAAAUCAUCGUUGAUCGGUUGGCAUGGAGAAUUGAAAACGAAUGGGGGGACAAGGCCAAUCCGUCAAAGUCUCUGUUCAAUCCCCGCUGUAGGAAGGGAUGUAAAGCUCCCACUCUGAGACCCCCUAUCCUCUUCUAUCGCUCAUCAACGGAGUCAUGUGAGGAACCUAGAUUGUCAUCCCCUCUCCUCGUUCCCGUGUCUACAUUGAGGCGUAAUCUUCAUGUUUUUUCGGACCCUGACCUCAGUCUCUCUUGUGAAAUUCCACAUGAAAUGCCUGCUAAACAGGAGCCCUCUCCCAAGAGGACCAGUGACACUGUUGCUAAAGAGGACCCCCCCUGCCAAGAGGAUUAAGAUCUCUCUUCCUCCAAGGGGUGACCUUUUCGCCAAGUUCCGCCCUGGUGCAGAGGACCCCGCCAAGAGCACCAGGGACAGUGUUACUGAAGAGGAGGUUGCCGACAAGGACCAACCAUAGUGAUGAGAUCCUUAAAAUCAUCCUCAAACGGUUGGCAUGGAGAUGUGAAAAAGAAUGGGGGGACAAGGCCCAUCCAUCAAGCUCUCUUUUCCAUCCCCGCUGUAGGAGGAAAUUUGAAGAACCCAUUCAGGUUCUCCCUGUCCUCAGUCUCUCACCAAGGAUGUCGUGUGAGGAUCCUUUUCUCUCAUCCCCUGACUCCAGUCCCUUGCCUUUGACGCAUUGUGAAGAUCCCAUUUUGUCACCCCGUGUUUUCAGUCCCCCACCACAGAUGCCAUGUGAGAAUCCCACUCUGUCACACAUAGAAGAAAAACAAAUAUCUUCAACAUCUGGUGGAAUUACAGCAAGAGGGAGUUCCAGACACAAGUGGUUUAGACCUAACUACGCCUUGUCAAGUGACUCCGAUUAGAUUGGGAUCUGUAAAAAACUGAAGACCUAUUUGGGAAGUCACAUUAGGACAUCAUCAUUUCUGUUGUUUUUUACUUAAGCCAAUGGCUUUCUGUCAGGCUUGUGGAAACCUUAGGUAGCGCCUUGCACCGGGGUUUUUCUUUAUUCCAAUUCUGGAUUUAGCAUUUUGGAUAUUAAGGAUUCUGGAAGAACUGAAGAAACCUUAGGUAGCGCCUUGCACCAAGGUUUUUCUUUAUCCCGCUGCUGGAUUUACCAUUUUCGAUCUUAAGGAUUCUGGAAGAACUGAAGAAACCUUAGGAAGCGCCUUGCACCGGGUUUUCUUCAUCUUUGUCUUUUCCACUCAACUUACUCAUGUUUCAUAGUGUAAUAGUGGUGCUUCCCCACACAGUGCUCUCUGCCAUAGUAAAUUAUUCUAUCCUGUUCCCCCACUAAUCCACUCUCCAAGUUUUCAGUCUUUCAGGUUUUAGCUGCUCAUCGCUGGAUCCUUUCGCCGUUGUCCAUGUGGUUCCUGUGCUUCUGGACCUCUUGUUUUUCACACUGCUUGUUGGAUAUCCUCCGCCUGUAAACCUCCACCUCCAGAACCACCAGUUAGAUGGAGGAGAUAAGAGAACCCUGUUGACAAAAAAAGUAAGAAAACUUAUUUUCAUUUUAAAUAUGGAUUAAAUUGAGGUCAAAUUGUUCUUCUUUCGGUCCAAAUAUAUUCUGUUUGUUAACCCCAUUGUCUUUUCUCUUUAUUUCAUUUCUCCGUCAACUCAUGUCUCUUGACAUGAGUUGAC